GUUUUGACGCCAUCUAUUUGAUGCAUUAUGCAUUUUCAAUGAGCAAAGCAUGCGCGUCGGUCUUUUUCUAUCAAGGGGUUAAAAAUCCAUGUGACAAUCCCAACAAACCACAGUAUUUUAUCCAUUUUUACAGCUGCAUUUGAUUAACCAUGGCGGAAUCCAACGGAGACCAACUUCCUGAGGACCAGCAAAUGGAUGAGGAGGUGCAGGGAGAGACCCCUGCUGGGGACGAGCCCAUGGAGACAGAAACAUACAUAAGGACAGACAACUUCGACAAAUAUCUCGGCAUGGGCUUCACAGAAAAGGUUGCUGAGAAGCUUGACCAAAUCAUCACAGAGUUAUCAGGGCAGGGCUUACUGGAGGAUGAUAAGCUAGACGGCAGGGCGCUGGAAGCUCUGAAGGAGCUCGGGGAUGAUAGUUCUCUCGCUGUCCUCAAGAAGUUCAGCUCAAGCAACCUCACACAUGUCAACAACAAGAGUGCAUUCAUCUGUGGCGUCAUCAAAACAUUCAGACAGAAGGGCAGGCGGACUGGCGGUGCUGGCGGCGCUGCAGCAGCUGCUGAAAACUCGGGGCCAGAUGAGGCCAAAAUAAAGGAAAUGCUUGAGAAGACGGGCUACUCCCUUGAUGUCACAACAGGACAGAGGAAGUAUGGAGGACCACCCCCAGACUGGGAAGGAGAAACCCCAGGCACUGGAUGUGAGGUAUUCAUCGGCAAGAUCCCCAAAGACACAUUUGAGGAUGUCUUGGUCCCCCUCAUUGAGAAGUGCGGCAGGAUCUACGACUUGAGGCUCAUGAUGGACCCCAUGUCUGGUUUGAACAGAGGCUAUGCCUUCACUACGUUCUGUGACAAGGAAGGCGCAAAUGAAUGCGUAAAACAGCUGAAUGGUCACAAGAUCAAAGAAGGCUGGCAGAUCAACUGCAACAUCUCAAUCCCAAAGAGCCGCCUUUUUGUGGGAUCAGUACCGAAGAACAAGUCCAAGAAGGAGAUCCAAGAAGAGUUUGCCAAUGCAACGCCUGGUCUUACCGAUGUCAUCAUCUACCACGGAGAAGAUAAGUCUAAGAAUCGAGGCUUUGCUUUCCUGGAAUACGACAGCCAUCGAUCGGCCAAUGCUGCCCGUCGUUCUUUGAUGAGCGGCAAGGUUAGGGUUUGGAGCGCCAUGGUCACAGUAGACUGGGCUGAUCCCAUCUCAGAACCAGAUGAGGAGACUAUGGCAAAGGUGAAGGUUGUUUACAUCCGUAACCUUUCCCCAGAGGCCACUGAGGAGAACAUCAAGGAGCACUUUGAGGCGUACGGUGCAGUAGAGAAGGUGAAGAAGAUGAAAGACUACUGCUUCAUUCACUACACGGAGAGGGAAAGCGCUGUCAAGGCUAUCGAAGAAAUGAAUGGUAAAUCAUUCCAAGGAACGGACAUUGAGGCUUCACUUGCCAAACCACCUCAGGAAAACAAGAAGAAGAAGGAGAGACAGAUGAAGCAGAGCUACCAAGGAGGUGGAGGAGGAAGGUACUAUGAUGAUUACUAUGGCGGACAAAUGCGUGGAGGUCGUGGAGCAAGGGGACCUCGUGGUGGACGGGGAUUUGACCGUGGAGAUCGUGGCUACCGGGAUUUCGGUUAUGGUGGUGGUUAUGAUGAUGGUUACUAUGGCGGUUACCCUGGUGGCUAUGACGACCCCUACGACUACGGCUACUUUGAUCGUGGGUACGAGGGUGGCUUUGGGUAUGGUGGCCGUGGACAGGGUGUAGGACCCCGUGGACGUGGCGGGCAACGAGGUGGACGUGGCGGCAUGGGUAGUCCACGUGGUGGACCAGGAGGCCGAGGUGGACCCAGGGGGCGUGGUGGCAACCGUGGUGGUCAGCAGCAGCAACGUGGUGGACGUGGUGGUGGUCCCCGAGGGGGUCGUGGUGGAAACCGAGGCGGGAACGUCGGAGGCAAGAGGAAAUUCGAGGGGCAGCAGUCUGCUGAUACCAAGCGACGUAACACCCAGGGAGGCUGGGGUGUCCAACCCAUUGCCCAGCAGCCUCUGGGUGACUUCUCAUCAGGGUAUGACUACAACCAGAGUUAUGGAGAGCAAUCGUGGUCACAGGAUAACUACGGGUCAGGCUUCUAGACAUCCUUGACCUGACCCGACCCGACCCGACCUGACCAUCGAUCUGUCUGUGGAAGGCGUUGCCAUUCUAAUACCUUUUCAACCAAGCCUAUGCCAAGGUGAAUAAAACAAAAAUCACUUCAAAAACUGGCUUCCCCCCUGUACCAUAAAGUCCAACGGCUGUUUCCAACCAAAAUGAAUAUCAAAGAAAAAAACACUUGUAAAUAUCCGAACUGGUUUGACAUCCUAUCUGGCCGCCACCUGAGUCACCACUGUGAAAAAGAGAACUCAAACUAAUGAAUAAAAGUGAACUCAUAAACAUUUCUGUCGAAUUGACAUUAUUAUUAGCAGAAGAGAAACAAAAAAAUGGGUCAAACAAAUAUUUUUACAUGGUGAAAAUGUCAAGAAGAGAAAAAAAAGUGUAGUUAUCGUUUCUGUCAACAGUGAUGUUCAAUGUGAGUAUAUAUCCAAAUUAUUAAAACGCACUUGUACCUUUAAAAUCACAGUUAUGAGUUAUGGGGAAAAUGCGCAAAAAGGUUUACAGCCAAUGUAUUGGAACUUCAAAGUCUGGAGCACGAUUUAAAGAUAGUUUUCCUCGACUUUGAACAAUUUAAUUGUGAAAGGAUUUUAAUCAUAGUAAAAAAAAAAAUGUUUUUUAGCUUAGAUCUAAAUUUCUCGUGCUCUUUUUAUAUCUUAAAUUUUUGUCAUGUGGCUCAGCUCAAUUUUUUUCUAGAAAUGUUAAUGUGUUUUUCUUAGAUGUCGUACCGGAACCAUGUAUGUUUAUUUUUUAUUAUUAUGAACAUUAUUCUUUUUUCAUUUUUUGAAAAAGACUAAGCUUCAAGUGGAAAAACAAAAUAAAAGGACUUGGCUAAUUAGUUCAGAAUUUCUUGUGCAGAAAAUUAAAAAAUUUCGAAAUUG